UUCAAGGGCUAGAAAUUUCUGCGUGUAUGUGUUUGAGAUGAUAACCACCAGUCCUGCUUCAUGGGAAGUCAGCCUCCUAAGCUGUGAUCCAUUUCUCUGAAGAGGGAUACAAAACAUUAAGAGCUUUUCUGAGUGGGUGGGUGAGGGGAUGUGUGGGUGUGUGUGUUACCCAAAACAAAGCAGUGGUGUCCAGAAGGAGAUUACUGCCUGUGUUCAUAGUCCUGCUUUCAAUGUUCACCCUUUGCUGUCCUUAUUUUUGGAAGAUCAGUAUGUUUUCUUCAGCGGAAAUGAAAAGACAAUUUAGAAAAAUCUUAUUUUUUGAUAUAAUGCUUCUUACCACUUCUGUGGGUGAUGGACAAAGACAUGCAUUUUUUGGGUGCUGCAGAAUUUUCGUAGAACUGCUCUUCAUAUUCACGUUGCUGAGGAGAGGUAAAACCAGUCCUAGUCUUUUAGAAUCUGAAGCAGCUAUUCUGCCGUCGGAGGCAUUAGAAACAAAAAACGAGGCUGUCCUUUGGGCCCUCUCCUGCAAGGUAAGCCUUGUUUUGUUGAAGCAGACGCUUCAUUGAAUUAUCUCAGCCUUUCACCGGUACAGCGCGCGUUACCGCACGCUCGGAGCGCUGCCUCGGCAAACACCGGUGCAGACAGCCCCUACUCUGCGGUGGCCGCACGCCUCGGCCGCGCCGGGCUGCCCGGUUCCCUGCUCCAGCCCGUUCCCUGCUCCCGCCGGGGCCGCGGCCCGAGGCCGCCCUCCCGCCGGCCGGGGCGGGGCCGGGUUUGAAUGGCGCGGCGGGAAGAUGGCGGCGGUGCCGUUGUCACCCCGAGCGGUGCCGCCGCAGCCUCGGCCGCGGGGCUCCGCGGCGGCAGCUCCCGCACAGCGGGGCGGGCCGUGCCGCCCGGCCCCGCCGCUCCCCGCCGUGCUGUGCUGAGCCCCCCGCCCGGCCUCGACCUCUCCCUGCGCCGCAGCGGCUCGGCAGGGCAAUAUCAGCAGGUAAAUGUUCCUGAAGACCAAGCAGACAAGUUGCUCCUUGCAAGCUGGGGUCUUCCCAAUGCAGUUCUGGAGAAAUACCACAGUCUGGGAGUAGUGCAGAUGUUUGAAUGGCAAGCAGAAUGCCUGAUGCUUGGACAAGUUCUGGAGGGAAAGAACCUCGUUUACUCAGCUCCUACCAGUGCUGGAAAGACUCUGGUCGCAGAGUUGCUUAUUUUGAAGCGAGUCCUGGAGACUCGUAAGAAAGCUCUUCUCAUCCUUCCCUUUGUCUCUGUGGCCAAGGAGAAGAAAUGUUACCUGCAGGCCCUGUUUCAGGAGGUGGAUGUGAGAGUUGAAGGCUACAUGGGAAGCAUGGCUCCUGCUGGACGUUUCUCUGCUCUGGAUGUUGCUGUCUGCACCAUUGAGAAAGCCAAUGGACUAAUCAAUAGGCUCAUAGAAGAAAACAAAAUGGACUCAUUGGGAGUGGUGGUUGUAGAUGAGUUACACAUGCUGGGAGACUCUCAUCGAGGAUAUCUGCUGGAACUCCUCCUGACCAAAGUGAGAUAUGUUACAGAGAAGGUAGCAAAAAGACACACAAAGAGCAUCAGUCCUGGUUUUGGUGGGAUACAGAUAGUAGGCAUGAGUGCUACCCUCCCUAACCUGGGGCUCCUGGCCUCAUGGUUAGAUGCAGAGCUCUACUGUACAGAUUUCCGCCCUGUGCCCCUCAAGGAGUGGGUGAAAAUUGGCAGCAACAUAUAUGACUCCUCCAUGAAUUUAGUGCGAGAAUUCCAGCCCAAGCUGCAAUUGAAGGGAGACGAAGACCAUAUUGUGAGCCUGUGUUAUGAGACUGUUUGUGGUGGACAUUCAGUCCUGCUCUUCUGUCCAUCCAAGAACUGGUGUGAGAAGCUGGCAGACAUCAUUGCCAGGGAGUUCUACGGUUUGCAACAAACUGAGAGUUCUGCAAAAAACUCAACCCUUGCCCCAGUUGUUGUGAACAGAGAAGGGAUUGAUGAGGUCCUGCAUCAGUUAAAGCGUUCGAUUUCAGGCCUGGACUCUGUGCUCCAGCGUACUUUGCCAUUGGGAGUGGCAUUUCAUCAUGCAGGUCUGACUUUUGACGAGCGGGACAUCAUUGAGGGAGCCUUUCGGCAGGGCCUGAUCCGAGUGCUGGCCGCGACCUCCACGCUGUCGUCGGGAGUGAACCUGCCCGCGCGCCGCGUCAUCAUCCGCACCCCCACCUUCGGCGGCCGGCUGCUGGACAUCCUCACCUACAAGCAGAUGGCUGGAAGGGCUGGCAGGAAAGGGGUAGACACAGAGGGUGAGAGCAUUUUAGUCUGCAAGCCCUCAGAGAGAUCAAAAGGUGCUGCUCUACUUCAGGGAUCUCUCAAGCCUGUUUGCAGCUGUUUGCUUAGAAGAGAAGGGGAAGGUGUUGCUUCUAGCAUGAAAAGAGCAAUACUCGAGAUCAUAGUGGGGGGAGUAGCCAGCACUCCAGAGGAUGUGCAGACCUAUGCCUCUUGCACUCUGCUUGCAUCCAGCUUGAAAGAAAGCAAGUGGGAAAAUGGGAAAGGGCAAGACAAAGCGCAGGCGGGACCUAUCGAGGCUUGUGUGGCAUGGCUGCUGGAAAAUGAAUUCAUUCAGGUUGUGGACUCUGGCAAUGAUGUGAAAGCAAAGGUUUAUCAUCCAACACAUCUUGGCUCAGCUACUCUUUCCUCUUCUCUUUCACCAACUGAAGCAAUGGAAAUCUUUGCUGACCUGCAGCGAGCUAUGAAAAGCUUUGUUCUGGAGAAUGAUCUGCAUAUUGUCUAUUUGGUCACCCCAGUGUAUGAGGAGUGGACCACAAUUGAUUGGUACCAGUUUUUCUGCCUAUGGGAGAAGCUGCCUGCCUCAAUGAAACGUGUGGCUGAGCUGGUGGGGAUUGAAGAAGGCUUUCUAGCUCGCUCUGUAAACAGCAAAAUCACAGCUAAAACAGAGAAACAGCACAGACAAAUGGCCAUCCACAAAAGGUUUUUCACCAGCCUUGCCCUUCUGGAUUUAAUCAGCGAGGUUCCUUUACAAGAUAUGACCAAGAAAUAUGGCUGUAGUCGUGGUCAGCUUCAAUCCUUGCAGCAAUCUGCUGCCACUUAUGCAGGAAUGAUAACAGUUUUCUGCAAUCGACUGGGCUGGCACAACAUGGAGUUGUUGCUCUCUCAGUUCCAGAGCCGCCUCACUUUUGGGGUGCACAGGGAGCUCUGUGACCUGGUCCGAGUGUCUCUGCUGAAUGCCCAGCGUGCCAGGACACUUUACAGUGCUGGCUUUGUCACCGUGGCUGAUCUGGCUAAAGCCAGUCCUGAUGACGUGGCAACUGCUCUGAAGAACUCAGUACCAUUUAAAAGCGUUCGUAGGGCUGUGGAUGAGGAUGAAGAGUCCGCAGAGGAGCGUCGGGCCGUGCGCAGCAUCUGGAUGGCUGGAAUGAAGGGCUUCACUGAAAGAGAAGCAGCCUCUGUCAUUGUGGAGGAAGCCAGGAGACUUCUGCAGCAGGAUUUGGCACUGCUGGGGGUGCAGUGGAACCCGGAGUCUUUUCUCGAGACUGAUACCUCCUCUGUGAUCAGCAGUGAGUCAGAACUGGAAGACAGACUGCAUAGAUCAGAUGGAGAGGAGUCUGCUGAGUCUUCAGGGGUGUUAAACAAAAAAGGGUGCAGAGUUCAACACUGUAAUGGCCUUGGUUCUCAGAUUGGAAACUUAUCAAAUAUUAAAAAGGGAUGUAAAAGGCGGCUGAGCAGUAGCACAGAAAGCUCUGUAUUUGAGAGUGAAGUCCUGGGCAGGAAACAGGCUCGAGCAGAGGGAGGCAAGGGUGAUCUUGUGUACAGUGCUAGAAAACGGCCAAAUGUGUGCAGAGGAAAUGAAAACAUAGAAGAAAUUUCUCUGGUCAAAACCAAGAUGAAUUCCAGAACAGCAAUCCGAGAGCACCUUACUGAACAAGGAAAAACACCAACAUUGAGAACAGAGUCUUCAGCCUCUGGAUUGAUUAAAAGCACAGUUACACAUUUAAAUCAGACUAGUAACAAAAAUAUCGCUUCAGAACUGCAGAGGUCACUUCUUGAAGAUUCAAAUAAGCUUAGCAUAGAUACACGAAAGCUGCCUGUUUCCUGCACCACCAUCUCUACAGAUAAUUCUGUUUCAAAUCAAAAUAAUAAGGAAUUUAUGAAAACAGAUUCUGUAACUCAUGAAGUCUCAAGUUCUGUACAGAUGGAGGGUGUUAAGAUUGGGAAGAAAGACAAAACGGAAGGAUUAUUUACAGAGCCUACCACCACUGAUGAAGGCAUGCCUAAGGGGAGAGCAGGUUUUCAGGCACCUGUUACGCUCCAGGGUACUCCACACACCAGUGUGGAGACACACAGUAUUGCAGGAAGUAGAAGAAUGCCUGGUAGUUCUAGGAUACAGAGAACUGACAAAACUGAUGUUAAGCAGAAUAAAAGGAAUAAAACUCAAACAGAUGCGGGCUGUGCUGAGGCGAGGAUUCAUAGGAAUUUUUGUCCUGGUGAAGAGAAAACCUGCAAUAUUCAGAUUCAGAAUGCUGGCAAAAAUAGGAGUGAAAAGCCCAAUGGAAUAUUGUUGCAAGCUGGAACAAUUCAGAAUGGCAACAGUCAUCCUAAAGAUUUUCUGAAAGGGUCUUUAGUAAAAUCCAGAGGUGUUUGCAAUGCAGAUGGUGUUCAGCAUGAUCCAGCCUCUCAUCUGUUUUCUGACUCUAGAGACUUUGAAGACAGCAUCCAGUUGGAUACUCAAACUGAGAUGAUAAUAAAACAGGAGGGAGCAGCUGGAAUCACAGGAUGGCAGGGGAUACAGGGUUCAGAGCUGGCAGCAAUACCACAGCAGGAAAUAUCAGAAAAACGAAGCAGUUUAUGGACUGAGAAUGAUACUGAUAAAAGGCUGGCUGCAACAGUUAGGAAACUGAACUUCCCAAGUCUUAUCACAACAAAUGACAUUACAAAAAACACAACUCAGCACUGUAGUAAUAAAGUUUUGGAGUCUGGAGGCCUUAAUUUACAGCCUGUAGUGAAGAAAAUAGAACCUGCGCCUUGCCUUAAAGAAAGCGAUUUCUCAAUGACUGACUCACAGCUACACAGUUUUCUACAAGAUUACCAGACCCAAAAUUCAGUGAAAGAGGAGAGUGUGUCUAAAGACCUGAAUAAAGCAACCUCCAAUUUUAGUAGGGAACACAUUGUACAAGUAGAAUGCCACCCUGUCCCUGAAACAAGCCUAAAUAUGAGCGAUAACUUGCUGUUUGAUGAUAGCUUCAGUAAUGUCAGUGACCUUUCAGCUGCUCACAUCAUGGAAGCUGAUGGAAAGGACCCUGUGGCUUUGCUUCCUCCAGAUGGUGUUUUGCAGAAUCUAAGGCCUGUUGAGAAUAAAUGUGAUGGCAGUGACAAUCAGAAAGAACAUGAGAAUCCUGCACAGUGUAACAAUGUGUCUCUAGCAUCCUCGGAUGUAAUAGCAGAAAUUUUAGACCAUGGAAAUUCCCCAUCUUUUCUGAAAGACAUUCCUUCUACAUUGCGAGGUCAGUCAGGAUUAAGAAACUCAGUCAUUUGUAUCAAUGACCCCAGACCAAAGGACUUAGUAGGAGAUCAAGGUGAAAAGCUCCAGAGAAGCCACCAAGCUUUUGAGAAGAACCCCCAUCCAGUGGUGUGGACUGAAUGCUCGUUUGAACUAAGCCCAGGAUUGCAGGAUGUGUUGGACAAAUGGCCCAGCCUCUCAGGCAUUGAAACACCUUCAGCAAGUUCCAGUUUGAAAGGAGAGUUAGUUGCUCCUAUUGUUAGUCAAGAGCCAGAUCCAGUUUUUGAAUCUGACUGUUGUGAGCAACAGCCUUUGCCCGCUUGCCAGGGUUUAAAGAGCUCUUUCAAGGUUAAAGAAAACAAGAUGGAAAACUUGGAUCUUCAGAACACACAUGGCAUAACACUUCAGCUCGAGGGAGGCAACAGAACAUCCUGUCCUGCAGCAGAUAGUAAUAAUGGGUUUAUUCCUCCAACACCUCCCAAAGAGCUUUUUCCAAAAUGUUCUGUUUCUCUCCCAUCUGCAAGAAAGGGACAAGUCACCUGCAAGAAGGAAAGGCAGAUGAUUCAGCUACAGUGGAAUAGUGAGGGCAAUGCAGAGCAGCAGGUAAAAACAUUCCAGGACAAUCUUGAGUGUCUAGACCCUACUGAGGCAGAUGAGAUAAAAGAUAAUUCCAUUGUAGACCAAGGCUUUUCACUGCAGCUAUCUCAGGAUGUUUUUCCAUUUGUUCCCUUAAGUGCUGAAAGUUUCACUAUUAUUGAUGUAGCAAGUGACAAAGCACUUUUCCAGACUUUUGUUGCAGAAUGGAAGGAGAAAAGCAGAUUCUCCAUCUCAGUGGCGUGUGAAAGAGCAAAGUGCCUUUUAUCUCCCAAAUCAGCGAUUGGUGGCAAAUUCAAAAAAGUGAGUUCUCCUCAGCGGAUGCAAGUUAAAGAUGAAGGAUUUCCUGUCCAAGGAUGCGAAGACAUCUUGGUAGUUGGACUGGCAGUGUGCUGGGGUGGAAAAGAUGCCUACUAUAUCUCAUUGCAGCAGAUCCAAGACCAGACUGAAAUCAGUCUGAGUUUGGCACCCCCACCUUUGGACCAAAGCCUACCUGUGACAGAGAGACUGAACCAUCUGCAGCUGUACCUGCAGAAGAAGACCAAGAAGGAGCGCUCACUAAUCAUGUAUGACUUCAUCCAGCACUACAAAACUCUGCUGAUGGCUUGUGGCAUCUCCUUGGAAGGAAGUUUUGAGGACCCAAAGGUUGCAUGUUGGCUGCUGGAUUCUGGCUCCAAGGAACAUACCCUUCACAGCAUGGUGACCAACUUUCUCCCCAGUGAGCUGCCCCUCCUGGAAGGAGUGGGCACGGGCCAAGGGGUGCAGAGCCUGGGGCUGAGUGCCAGCAGAGACCAGUCUGGGCGGUACAGAGCGGCCAUAGAGUCUGUGCUUAUCUUCAAUGUCAUGGACCAACUUCACAAGGAGUUACAGAAGGAAAAUCUGACAGAUGUAUUUUCUAAAGUGGAGAUGCCCACCCAUUAUUGCUUGGCUCUGCUGGAGCUGAAUGGCAUUGGUUUCAGCACAACAGCCUACGAAACCCAGAAACAGGUCAUGCAGGCUAAACUGAGCCAGAUUGAGACCAAGGCAUAUCAGCUGGCAGGGCACAGCUUCUCCUUGACCAGCCCCGAUGACAUUGCAGAGGUGUUGUUCCUGGAGCUGAAGUUGCCACAAAAUGGAGAUGUGAAAGUCCAAGGGAACAAGAAAACCCUGGGUUACACCAGAAGGGCAACUGCUAAAGGAAACAGGGUCAGGCUAAGCAAGCAGUUCAGUACAACCAAGGAUGUUUUGGAGAAAUUAAAGACACUUCACCCAUUGCCAGGGCUGAUAUUGGAAUGGAGGAGGAUCAACAAUGCCAUUACUAAAGUGGUGUUUCCACUACAGAGGGAGAAGCGAUUGAAUUCUGCACUGGGAAUGGAAAGGAUAUAUCCAAUUUCACAGACUCACACAGCUACAGGUCGAGUCACCUUCACCGAGCCAAAUAUCCAGAAUGUGCCAAGAGAUUUUGAGAUUGAAAUGCCGACUGUGGUUGAAGAAAGCCCCCCCUCCCAAGCCCAUGGAAAUGUUAAUUCUUGUGCUGCAUUGGGGGGCAGAUGCAGAAAGCGUUCCAGUAUUUUGCCUAAUGGACUAAAGGUUCAAGCUGCAAACGGAUCCAAAGAAAGGGGAAUGCCAUUUUCUGUUAGCAUGAGGCAUGCUUUUGUUCCUUUCCCAGGUGGCUUAAUCUUGGCUGCUGAUUACUCUCAGCUGGAACUGAGGAUCCUUGCUCAUUUGUCUUGCGACUGUCGCCUCAUUCAAGCCUUGAACGGUGGUACCGAUGUCUUUAAGAGCAUUGCAGCAGAAUGGAAAAUGAUUGAUCCUGAAGCUGUUGGAGACAGGACCAGGCAACAAGCUAAGCAGAUCUGCUAUGGAAUCAUCUAUGGAAUAGGAGCAAAAUCUUUGGGCGAGCAGAUGGGGAUUGAUGAAAAUGAAGCUGCCAAUUACAUUGAAUCCUUCAAAUCGAGAUACACAGGGGUUCAGAAAUUCUUGAGGGAGACAGUGCGGAGCUGCAGGAGGGAUGGGUUUGUGCACACCAUCCUGGGGAGACGGCGCUACCUGCCAGCUAUCAAAGAUCCAAACCCCUACAGUAAAGCUCACGCAGAGCGCCAGGCUGUGAAUACAACUGUUCAGGGAUCUGCUGCAGAUAUUGUCAAAACAGCCACUGUGAAUAUCCAGAGACGCCUGGAAGCUUUCUCCUCUGUGUUCAAGUCCCAUGGACAUCUGGAGAGCUCCCUCCAGAGAGAUAAAACUGGAAGGCUGUUGAGGAGAAGAAACACAGGGAUGUUACAUCCCAUCAGAGGAGGCUUCUUUAUCCUCCAGCUGCACGACGAGCUCCUCUAUGAAGUUGCAGAGGACGAUGUCAUCCAGGUACAGCCCUGCAGUUCCUCUUUCAGCUCUGCUCUGUUACUGUAUUUCAAACAAGCCUUCCUUCCUGGAGCUCACAUUCUCUUCCCUGGAUCUCCCCUCCCUGGGUGCUGAAAGGUUGCUCAGAUCGUGAAACAUGAGAUGGAAAACGCCAUCAAACUCUCAGUGAAACUGAAUGUUAAGGUGAAAAUUGGCCCCAGCUGGGGAAACCUGCAGGACCUGGAACUGUGACACUGCUGUAUGACGUUCUCGUGCGUGAGGAGGCAGCAGGCACCAUGGACUGGGCAGGGUGAAGGCCUGGGAUCACCUGCAGGCGGUGUGAUCCUCCUGUGCUGUGUUUCUGCUGGCAGGGUACCAAGCUGCCUUCUGGAAGGUGUGGUGGAAGCUGGUAUGAGCUCACCAAGCCAAACCAUCCAGAGCUCAGGCAGAGCACUGAAGUGUGUUUGAGCUGUGACAUUAUUAAUUGUUAAAAGAAGGAUAUUUAAAUGAAUUCUGUCAAGGGUGCUUGAUCUUGUAUAAACCCCCAAAGCCUAAUGAAUUUAUUACAUAUGAAAUGAGCUGGAUUACGUUAUUAAAACAAGGUGCAAACAUAGUUUGGCAGUGCCUGUGUAUAAUUGUCUAGGGCAAAAAAAGAGUCAUUGUGAUUGCACUUGAUGUAGAAUUUUGCAGGCCUUUGCCAGGAUUAUCUUGUACUGGAUUCUGCUGAUGACACUCAUGUGCUUUACAGUUGGCUGGAUUUCUCACUGAGCAGCUGUGCAGUGUUCACAGUGAGUGGAAUCUGCGCUUGGUUGGCCUCUGACUUUUAAGAAAGCAUUUUUGUGACUGACUGCUGCAAUUCAUCCUACUGCUACCUUGCAAACUGGCCUCAAGAGGACUAUUGUUUGGAAUCUCUUAGACUUAAUACAAAAUCACCAGCAGAAACAUUUUAAUGCAGCUCAAUUAAUUGGUUAAAAACUUCAUGGCAAUGCAUAUUUUUCUGAACAAGAAAACUAUCUCAGUCUGGCCAGCUGACAUGGCAGCCUUGCUGGUGCUUCAGGUCUGGUGUGUUUGAGAGGAGUCGUUACACUGUGGUGAGUGACCUCUGGCUCUUCCCUUCCUUCAGAGACCAUUCUCCUAAGGAAGCCUUGCACCUGCCCCACUAAAACGUGCUCAGAUUUCCUCACUCUUUGCCUCAAUGUCUUUGGCUCUGACCCUAUGGUGAGGCAGAAAUUUUUCCUGGGAGUUUGGGCUUGUCAAGCUGAGCCGGGAUCAGAUCCUUCAAAAGAAGGGGCAAGGAAGGAGCUUGCAGGGAAUUAAUCUGCCACUAUUUGGUAUCUCUCCCCACUAAUGCCUUCUGGUCUGGCUAAAUCUCACAUCACAAGUUUUCAUUUCCCUUCCAGACAGUUGUGAUGGUUACACAAGUUCAGCUUCUUUUGUUAACUUCACACAAUGCCUGACCUUGAAUUCUGUAAUUUUCGUAGUCUAGCCCUUAUAUCUCACACGAAAGGGAGGACAAGUGCCUCCUGUCAUCUUCCUUCAGCCUCUAAUUAUUGUAUCAUGUCUUUUUCUGCAGUUCCUCCCUAAUGUAAUCAAUCUCCAUCUUUCCAUUCUUGCCUCCUGUGAGAAGUUUUCAAGCCCCUAAUUAUCCUUUCAUUUCUGAACUUCUGCUGGGUCCUUUUUGAGCAGUGUACUUUUGAUGUUGCUUUUUCAGCCUGAUGUGAGAGGAUGCACACUUGGCUUUCAGCAGCCUGAGCGGGGGCUUGGGAUCGUUAACUUCAAAUGCGGCGCUUUCGGCAGGGCCCUAUCCUGGCAUCAGAAGUAGCCAGCUCCGAGGGCUGGAGAACACAGGGAGUGUUCAGGGAUGUUAAUGGGGCCUCCCUACAAAAGGCUGCAUCCCGGACUCUGAUCCACCUCCUGCCUCUUGUGCAGCAAAACAGACACGUGGCACUGAGGCAGAGCCCCAUAUGAGGCUGCCUUGACUGCCCUUCUCAGCACCGUCUUGCCCUUCUUUCCUGUUCUCUAUUCCACCUUACAUUGAGACUUUUUUGUUUUCUUCCUGCCUGCUCUGUGCCAUGGCUUUAUACAACACCUGUCACCUGAUGGCUGAGCUCUUUAUCCACAGCAUUGUCUUUUUUCUUACUUUAUUAAAGCUUUUGUUAUUAACGUAUCCGAGCCUCGGCACCCUGGUGCCUGACCAUUUGUGUGCUCUGCCUGUGAAGAUGCUGCCUUGGACUCAUUAUCAAUUCACAUGGCCUCAUGAUUUCCUGUCCUGGGUGUCCUGCAGUGACACACCUGUGCUGCAUUCCAGGCCUCACUGGGGCUGCUGUCAUUUGGGCUGCUUGUUCCUUGGCACAUUACAAUAUUUCCCUCCCACGCUGCCUUCAGAGUUUCCCGAGGAUGGAUCUCACACAUAUUUCUCAGCAAGCUCUCUAGAAGGGGGUAAUGCUAAUCAGUAAGGGGAUUAACAUGUACCCAAACUUAUUUUGACUAACAAACUCAAUGGGCUCAUUUUAAUUAAGCAGUAAUUAGGAGCAAAUGAGAAGAUAAGAGGUAGCCACUGUGGCAUUUGAGUCGUGUUACUGGGACUGGCUCUGAGCUAUUUUCUGAUUGCUGCUAUUUACAUUGCUCAAUUCUGAUUAGACUUUAACUCUUAGCAAGACUGAGCAGUGCCAGCAGAAGAGGGCUAAGUCAGGUAAGCACAGGCACUGUCCAGAGCUGCAAAAAAGGGUUUAUGUUGUUUUCUGAAGGUGGUAAGGAGGAGCCUGGCUGCUCACACUACUUACCUGUUUUUGCCUGUGGGCUCCUUUCCUUCCACCUCUGAUUGGCUGAGCCAUUUUAUUCAGGAUCUGAUAACCAGAGUGCAGGUUAGACUCAGUCUGUGUGUAGUCAGGAUGGGAUGCAUCUGGUAGUGUUUGUUCUUCAGCUUGUUUGUGUAUUUCUCCCUUCACAGCCCCUGCCAGCCUCCUGUCAGCUGGCACAGCCCGGUACAAGGACAGAUGAAUGCUGCAGAAGGGGUAAGAGUUCUGUUUGUUACAACUUGUUUGCAGCCUUGUCCCUUGGUGCACACAGAAUUCCUACUGCAGCCCAGCCCUGCACUGCCCUUGCCUGGCUGCUGCAGCAGCAGGGAUGUGCCUGCCUGCCAAAAGAAAUCCGGUUGGGAUGCGGUCCUGGCAAACAGCUGUGGUCACUGGGAGUGCCUUGUGCUCACACGAUGGGAACCUGCAGGACCCAGCUCCUCACAGGGACAGCCUGUCCCCUGGGCCUGCUGAGCAGCCUGGUCUGGUUGGUUCCCAUCUCCUUUCUGCUCAAAAUGACUCAAAUGUGCAUUCAGCUGGCUACUGGUACGGGGCAGAACUUGCCCAGCCUUGGUAGCAGGAACUCAAACCUUUGAUGUUUGCUGCAGCCUCUUGGUCCUUUUCCUCACAUGCAGACCACAGCUUGGAUUGCUUUGGUCUUUCUGCUGCAGCUUUCCUUUUCUAAAACCCUGGCUACUGGAAGUGGUGACGGGCAGGUGACACAUAAUGACACUGGUAAUCUGAUCUGCUUUGGUCCUUUUGCUUUUCUCCCGUGCUGCUUGCAUGUCAUGGAGAGAGAUGUACAUGGCUGACAAGAGGGAGACGGGAGCUCAGCACCUUUGGCUGACAUUUGGAGCUUCUCCUGGCAGAGCCAUUCAGAGGGGCUGCUGGGAAGAGCCCUUACACUGAGCUCACUCCUGCCCUUCCCAGAGCUCAGCCUGUGGGUGGCUGCGCUCACCCUGAAGUGGGAGGGACAGGAAAGGCUCUUGGUUAGCUGGUAGCCCUGGUCCAAGGCUGGGAACAUUCCCGGGGUUGGUAUGGCAGUCAGGAGCUCUGUGUGAGCCUCCCUGCCAUGGAGCAUGGGAACGUCAGCUGGGCAUGGGUUCUGUCCUGGCAGGAGCUGCUGGAGGAAGGGAAGUGACCAUCCCCACCCCAGCAACAACCAUGACUGCAAUUUUUGUAUUCCUAACGAGAAGUGAAAACUCCAACCAAAGGCUUUACACAAACCAUGCACCUUUGAAAUACUAUAAGGAAUGUAGAAGUUGGAAAAAAAAGAGAUUACACCAACUAGUAUCAAUUCUUUCCUUUAUUUUCUUUCCCUCUGUCUUGUUUUUUAAUUUUUUUUUUAUUUUUUGGUUGUUAAUGGGGGCUUGAGACAGCCUCACUUUAAGAUGCCUUAGCUUUGUGAUACUGAUUUAGGAUACCUGUGGAAACAGGACAUGGUUAGCACAGGAGUGUGUGGUUCACCCCAGAUCAGCCUUCGUCCUGAGAGACAGGUAAUGACUCAUUAACAAACCACACACAUACUCAGCCCACAUUUCCUUGACACUGAAUCUGAAUAUUUGUUGCUAUUUAAAAAAGUACAAUGUUUGAUUUGUUGAUUUAAUCACAAAACAAAACACAUGAAUGGAAACACUCAUUUACAUGACUAUUGCUUAUACACCUAAGAGGAAGAGUUGACUACGAAUGUCCACAGCAGUUCCUUCAUGAGAGAGAGCGUGCUCUUACCAGAGCCUGCCAAGGCAGAGAAACAUUCAAGGCUGAAAUAUGCUGUGCUUGAAUUCACCUCUGGGCUAUGGAAAAGGAUGGAUGGGAGAGGGCUGGGCUAUUUGAUGGGGCUUUGCCUGUGCUGCAACACACACAGUUUGUAAAUGAAGGAGAGCUGAGGCUGGAUGCAGCUCUGGAGUGGUUUCUAUGGAAAAAAAAAAGAAGCUUUCUAUGCCCACCUGCAUUAUGCACGCACUGUGGUGUGAAAAGGAUUCUGGAAAAGGAGUAUAAACUGUUUUAGAAGAGGAUUUAUGUGAUAAUUUUAUACAAUACAUGUAGUAAAUAGAGUAUUUUUGUUACACAUUUUUGUAACAGUCCUGGUGCUGUGGGGAAUGACUAAUUGAUGUAGAUAGUUGAACUGCAGAACUGUAAAAAAACUUAAACCCCCUCCCCCCAGAUAAUUACAGAAAACAAAACCUGAUUCUCAAAAUUUCAAUUGUCAUGUCUUUUAAUUCAAGGUUUGCAACUGAAGUUAAAGCUCUAGGAAUAGAUUUAUUUUUUUAUUAAUAAAUAAAGUAGCUUGUACUUCAUUGAAGACUUGCCAACUCUGCAGACUUAUAAAUAAUCUAAUUUGAUGCAUUUUUUCUGUCUAUCUACAGCACUAGACAUAAGAUUACAAACAUCUGGUCAAACCCAAAGGUGUGUGUGCUGUUGGAAGUUCUGUGUAACUGGUUUUGGAUCAGAUUGUGACAGAGCUCCUGGAGAGAAGAACGUGAGAGAACAAAGUAUCUAAAUGAACAAACAGCAUUUAAAACAGAACUAAUUUUUCCAGCCAGUCUGGCCUGGGGUAGCUGAGGAUUGCGAGGCUGAAGAGACAUCUAAGCUUGGGAUUUUGCUUGAGGUGGUGCUGUCUGAGUGGGAAAGGUGAAAGCACAGAAAGAUUUCAACAUCCAGUGACAGCCAAUGUCCUUGAUUUUCCUCCAGCCAGUCACAGUCCUACAGUCCUUCUCAGAGUCAGAUGCUGUGCUCCUCACUGGGAAUGCUGCAGCUCCAUGCCUGUCACUCACAGCCUUGAGCGGCGUGCAGGGCAAGCCUUGCAAAAAUCCCACACUCCCCCUCAUUUCACAAUAAAUCACCCAGGCAAGAGUUUUUCCUCCCUCAUUGAACUUUUUAAGUGAUGGGUUUUUUCCACAUACAUGGUAAAUCUUGAUAGAAGGCAUUUAACAGUGUGCACUAACAAACUUAUACAACAUAUACAUUACAUAUAUAUAUUAUAUAUAUAGAAUGUUCUAUAUACAAACAUAUACAACUUUUUAGAUCUCUACAGACUACAAGAAAAUUGAUAAUUAUAGUCACAAGUGGUGAAUUUAACAGAAAUUGUAAUUGGUAACUGUCUGAAAAUAUGUAAAAUAUGUAAGAGUGGAAAGCUGUGACCUGAUGGGGAGAACUAAAGAAAAGUUGCUUAAAAGUUUAGCAUUAAAAAUUUUAAGUUUGAGGGCUGCUAAAUUCUCAUUUCUCUGUUGCAUAAAAAUGCAAAUGGAAAUCUACUGGCAGGUUUUUUUUCACCCUGGUGUUAAAGUAGAGGCUGUUGGCAGCCAGAGUCAGUUGGGCCUUGUGUAAAGACUUGUUGAGGACACUUUUCUCUCUGGGUGAGCUGCAGUGAUCAGCAGUCAGAAGGUGCUCUUAAGUUUUCUUCAAAGAUCCCAUGAUUCCAAUCAGCCUCUGGGGCUGCUUCUGACUGCCACACACCAGGGGAGAAUGGAAAAUAAGCUGGCUGCUGGACACUUUGAAUGCUGCCCUAAAUGAUUUUGUUGCCCAGAGACAGUGGGUUUGGAUUAUAGGCCAGAGCACAGGCCCAGUGAAUGCAGGUUUGAACUGAAGAUCAAAUUGCCAUAAUGUUCUCCUUUAUUUCUCUUUCUUGAUGCCUGCUUAGAGCAGUGCUUCCUCACAGGCACAAGUGGUUACUUCUGUGACCCAGCCCCUGGAAGGAAUUCCCCAACCCAGUUCCUACUGUCAUCAGAUUGGCAAGUUUGGCAAUCUUUACACACAUGCACACAGAGAAAUCCUCUUGGGUCACGGACAGCUCCAGUUCCUUAGCUCUCACCAGAAACCCAGGCAUUGCUCAGGCUUUGUCCUUUUCCCCUGCAAGUUUCUACAGUUCUGACAACACAGAACAGUUUCUCCUGUGCCAGAGGAACUUGUGGAGUUUCAUUCCCAGUUGAGCUAGACCUGUCAGGGCCAUCAUUUUGAUUUUGGCUACAGCAAAGUGUAAAAAUCCUGUAAAUCAUGCAAUUCUGUUCUGCUACAAUGGGAAUUUAAAACUUAACACCUCAAAUCUCUUCCAACCCUUUAACUUGUGCAGUGGGCCAAUUGUGAGGCCAGACUUGUGGAUGGUACAACUUCCUGGGCUGUAUUUUAUUGUAGGUAAAGGAAGGAGAAGAUGCCUUUGAGAGGGAUCAUCUGAACACUGCCAUGAUACAAACACCAGUGAAAUCAAGGUCUAGGUGGGAGUGGGAUGGUGCCUGUCUCCAUCAGUGUCCAUUAGGAUUCCUUGAAGAUACAGAAGGUGUUACACCUCUUCAAAAGAAAAAUUUUAAAGGCUGUUUUUCCAGCUUUUUCUCAUAUUCUUUUUUAUAAUUUGAAACUAUGUCCAGACACAUGAAAACAAGGCUUCAGUGCCUUGUUUCCAAGCCAAUCUUGGAAAAUUUUUUAACCUAAGAGUUGACUUGUGUGGCAGUGAGUCUUGUAGGAUAGGGUGGAGCACUCCAACAGGAUAGGCAAUAAUCCAGCUUACUGUUCUCUUCUGUGGCUGCAGGUUGCAGAGUUUCCUGCAGCAUUCACUGCAAAAACCGAACAAGCCACUCUGAAGCAGAGGCAAAUUACUUUUAGCAGUGUGAGCAGAGUAUAAAUUGCCAUUCACCCAUGGUGUCACUUUAUAUCUGUGUUCCAUAUAUAUGUUGACAAUGGUUUUCUAUGCUCCUCCCUGGCCCACUGUGUAGUGUUCCUGCUCUAAUCUCUCUUUCUGUCACAGGUUUUGGGGGGGUUUCUGUGCAGGCCCCCUCUUAUAACUUCAGCUGAGCACUUAAACUGCUCUGCAAGCUGCUAAGCAGCCCCUGUGAGCAGUGCUUGAUGGGACUGUGGUUUCCCAUCCUGCCUUUCCUAACUUGAAGAAAUGCUUUCCAAAGCUGGUUUUCUAUUCCUGUUACUGGGAAAUAAGGCAACCAAGUGAUACAGACUCCAUGGGGAUGAAAAGUGCCACAGCCCCCACUUCAAGGAGAACAGAUGAAUCUAGAGCACAUUUUAAAAAUUAUACAUUAGGAUGAUGUUUCAUGUGCUCUGAAUUUCAAAUAAACCAUCUAUGCACAUGUCUUAAUGAUCUUUUUAGAUAGUGCCUGUCCAGCUACCUGCAAAAUCAUUAGAUUUUGGGGAUAGGAUUUUAAAUUUAAUUAUUUUUCUGGUAGGAGUUAAAGAGCACUGCCUCAAGCAAGGCUUUUCAAAGGAAAUAAAUAGCAGAUAAGAAAAUGCAGCUCAACUCAUUUUUUUUGUGGAGAACAGUAGCAAACAUGCUUGAAAUGUCCUGGCUUUUCAUAAUGUAAAUUUUAAAAAAUAAAUAUUUUUGUCAUUUAAGGUGUUUUUUCUUCUUUUUUUUUUCUUUUUUUUUUUUCUCAGAAUAGAAAUAAAUCCCAUUUUUCUUCGGUCACAACAUGCUUCCUUUUUCUCUUUUUUUUUUUUUUUUAAGUUGGCAAUUAGUCAUGCAAAGUUUUAUAAGUGCAUUAACAUUCGAGUUUGUACAGAGUAUUUUUAACCAGACGCACUCCCCACAGUUCA